AUGUUUUUUUACUCUUUCUUUCUUUUUCAUCCUCUCUGUUUUUUUACUCUUUCUUUCUUUUUCAUCCUCUCUGUUUUUUUACUCUUUCUUUCUUUUUCAUCCUCUCUGUUUUCUUACCCUUUCUUUCUUUUUCAUUCUCGAUUUACUCUUUUUUCCAACUCUUUCUUUCUUUUCAUUCGCUCUGUUUGCCUGAAGUUUCUUUUUUCUUUCUCUCUCUCUCUUUCUUUCUUUCUUUCUUUCUUUUCAAUUCUCUUUGUUUUCCUUCUCUUUCUCUUCCCACUUUUGGAUAAACUCUGUCUCGCCCUCAUCGCUUGCAGGUCCUUUUUUUUAGGCUGUAAUUCUUCUACAAAUGCAUUCACACCUUUCUCCGAUUUGAUUGGCCAAAUGCCGUUCACGCCCCUCGCACGCUUACACCUACACUUUUCCCGGACAGACGGCCGAUACUUGACGCGUCGAAGACCACCAGAAAGUUCAUAA